AUGUACCCUUUCGAUGUCAUCUCAGCAUGGUCCCAUCGCCAGCCUGCUGUCGCUCUUGGAUUGGCGUUGCUGAUUGUGAAAAUCAUCAGAUCCAUCUCCCGCAUGUACACUCUAGGCGAUUUGCCAGGUCCUCGUCCACAGAGCUGGUUGUUCGGUCACGAGAUGGAAAUACAGACCUCUCCGGCAGGCAAGUUACACAACCAAUGGGCGGAGACGUACGGUCCUACUUAUAAGCUCAAGGGACCUCUGGGAACAUCGUAUCUAAUUACCGGUGAUCCGAAGGCUGCAAGCCAUGUCCUGCACUCUGACAACUAUGUCAGGCCUGGAGACGACACUAUUAGUCUCGAACAGUUCUUUGGGAAAGGGCUCUUCAGCGCUGAAGGCAAGAGACUUUGGCCAUCUGGGAUGCAGAUGGCACGCGACUCAUCUUGUGUUCGAGCCAUUGUAAACCCGGCAUUUACUCCUGCUACUGUCCGCGAAGUGUCCCAUGUAAUUUUUGAUCUGGCUCGGAACUUGACGGGCUCAUUUGUGGAUGAGCUUGAACGGGAAGAGAACAAGUCCGGGAAGAUCUUCGAGUUGACUUCCAGGAUUCCUCGCUUAACGCUCGACGCGAUCAGCAUGACUACUUUUGCGUACGACGUUGGAAAUUCUGAUCAAUCUAUUCCGAAUCUUAUUGCCAAGAUAUCGGAUGUCCCAGAGACGACCGGCACACUCAUCGCCAUGUCGCUCAUCACCUUGUUUCCCAGCCUGUUAUAUCUCCCAAACCCAAUGAAGCAGUGGACAACCAUGCUCAGGACAGAACUCGGCAAGAUAGCGGACAUUGUGUGGACGCAAAACGUUGAGGAACGUGGGCUAGGCAUGCAUUCGAAGCUUCUGGACUCCAUGAAUGAUAGUUAUAAGCGCACAGGAGAGCCAUUGGACAGAGAACAAGCUAUUGCCACGAUCAUUGGGGUAAUUUUUGCUGGUUAUGAGACUACUGCGAAUGUCAUAAUUGAGACCCUCUACGAACUAUCACGCAGUCCAAAUAUGCAGACCCAGUUGCGCAACGAAAUCGAGGCGUUCUGUGAGAGAACGGGACGCGAGCCCACAUGCGACGAUCUCGUGAACGCAACCCAGCUGCCUUUCCUUGAUGCUGUCGUCCGUGAAUCGUUGCGAACUAAGGCUGUCUUAACCACAAUUGCCCGCGAGGCUGUCAAAGAAGAUGUUCUUGCGCUUCAGUUCCCUAUCCCAGGCACUAGCCGGACUCAAAUCGCCGUGAAGCCUGGGCAGAUUGUCCUCGUGCCUGUGCGCGACGGGAUCAACGUUGACGCGCGCAUAUGGGGCCCAGAUGCUGCGAUUUUCAGACCAGAGCGAUGGUUGGAACCGGGUGGCCUACCGGAGACAGUGAAAGAUAUACAUGCUCCGGGCCAUUUUCUGACUUUCGGCGAUGGGGCGAAGACCUGCCUUGGUCGUCACUUCGCUGUAGCAGAGAUCAAGGUCAAUCUUAGCAACUCAAUUCAUUUUGCGCUUCACUUAACGGACACACAGAUUGUCCUGACCGCACUCAUCCGAGAUCUAAUAUUUGAACCAGACGAUCAGCAAUAUAUGUUUUACAGGACUGGUGGAAAUACGAUAAAGCCCAAGAUUAUAGGACGCGAACACGAGGGGCCGCAGUUGUAUCUUCAUAUACGGAAAGUUCAUGAUUAUUAA